ACGCGUUUUUUGCGCAGGACAACGGAGGAGAGCCGUGUGGUGAAGAUUCGCGGCCUUCGGAGUGUCUUUCUGUGAUCUCGGCGCAGAAAUAAACAGGACUACCUCUCACAUCAGAAACCAACACUGGAUACAAACACACGGAGGCCCCGCGCGAUUAAAUGGUGCUGAAGAACUACAAUCUCAAAUAAGGUCCAUCACUUGGAAAACAUGUAAAGAAGAGGUGUCCACUUUUCCAGACGUUUCCCCCCAUUCUUAAUCGCUUGAGAAAAUGGCCUACUCAAAUUAUAGCUCCUUAAACCGAGCUCAACUCACCUUUGAAUACCUGCACACAAACUCGACAACUCACGAGUUUCUUUUUGGCGCUUUGGCCGAGCUUGUGGACAACUCAAGGGAUGCAAACGCUACAAGGAUUGACAUCUAUACAGAAAAAAGACCAGACCUGCGUGGAGGCUUUAUGCUUUGCUUCUUGGACGAUGGGACUGGCAUGGAACCCAGUGAAGCAACACACGUCAUUCAGUUUGGCAAAUCCAGCAAGAGGUUCCCAGAGUCUACUCAUAUUGGCCAAUAUGGAAACGGUUUGAAGUCUGGCUCGAUGCGUAUUGGCAAAGACUUCAUCCUCUUCACGAAGAAAGAUGAAAAACUUACUUGUUUAUUUUUGUCCCGGACAUUUCAUGAAGAGGAAGGGCUGGAUGAGGUUAUCGUUCCAUUGCCCAGUUGGGAUCUAAAGUCCCAGCAGCCACUUACUCAAGACCCAGAGAAGUAUGCAAUCGAGACAGAGCUUAUCUUCAAAUACUCCCCUUUCAAGAGUGAGGAGCAGCUCUUUCAGCAGUUUAAGAAAAUAGAGGGAGCCAGUGGUACUCUGGUUGUAGUUUAUAAUCUGAAACUAAUGGACAACAGAGAGCCUGAGUUGGAUGUGCAGACAGAUCACCAAGACAUUCUCAUGGCAGGGACACCUGUAGAGGGAGUCAAGCCGGAGAGGCGGUCAUUUCGUGCCUAUGCUGCUGUUCUUUACAUAGAUCCCAGGAUGAGAAUAUUCAUCCAAGGACAUAAAGUCAGGACCAAGCGGCUAUCCUGCUGUUUGUACAACCCUAGGAUGUAUAAAUACACAUCAACGCGCUUUAAAACGCGCGCCGAGCAGGAAGUAAAAAAGGCUGAUCACCUUGCAAAACUUGCGGAAGAGAAGGCCAGAGAAGCAGAAAGUAAAGCACGUGCUCUAGAGUUGAAGUUGGGUGAUGAUUUAUCCAAAGAGGCCAGGGCUGCACUGAGGAAGGCCCAAGAUUCAGCUUCGGCAUUACGUGCAGAAGCUACUAGAAAACAAGCCAUAUACGCGUCUAAACAGAAAGCACUGAAGGAGCCCAAAGAGCUGAACUUCAUCUUCGGUGUAAACAUUGAAAGGCGAGACCAGGACGGCAUGUUUAUCUACAACUGCAGUCGACUCAUUAAGAUGUAUGAAAAGACUGGGCCGCAGCUGGAGGGAGGAAUGGCAUGUGGUGGAGUGGUAGGGGUGGUAGAUGUUCCCUAUCUUGUGUUAGAACCAACACACAACAAGCAAGACUUUGCAGAUGCUAAAGAGUAUAGGCACUUACUCAGAGCAAUGGGGGACCAUCUUGCUCAGUACUGGAAAGAUAUUGGUAUAGCUCAGAAAGGCAUAGUGAAGUUCUGGGACGAGUUUGGGUAUUUGUCAGCAAAUUGGAAUGCAACACCUUCAAAUGACGUCAGGUUCCGUCGCCGCAGAGCCAUGGAGAUUCCUGUCACAAUACAGUGUGAUAAAUGUCUGAAGUGGCGUACGCUGCCUUUUCAGAUGGAUGCCGUGGACAAGCGCUACCCUGACAGCUGGGUCUGUCUUAUGAAUCCUGAUGGAUCACAGGACAGGUGUGAUGCUUCUGAGCAGAAGCAGAAUUUACCUGUUGGUGUUUUAAAGAAGGACACCAAAACUUCAGAAGACAAACAGAAAGAGCUUACUGAUAAAAUCCGUCAGCAUCAAGAGAAAUUAGAAUCGCUACAGAAAACUACAAGUGUAAAAUCAGCAGCAGAUGUGAAACGGCUCCCUCUGGCGGUCACGACAAAGCCUGCAGAGGAGCGUACGGCUCAGACUGGUACACGGUCAUCCCAACGCACAGCAGCUCGGCCACGGUCACCUCCACUUCCUGCUGCAGUCAAAAGAGCCGUCAGUCAGUCUCCCGCAGCUAAAACUCCUCCCCCUAAACCUACACCUCCAUCACGUCCAACAAGAACUCCUCCUGCUCCGCCCCCUCCAGCCAAAACCAAAGCAACACCAACUCCACCUCCCAAACCUGUGAAACCUGCCACUAGAGCUGUAGCAACCCCUUCACCUUCGAAACCUCCAGCUCGCAGGAGUGCAACUCAAACACGCACUACACCGUCCACAACUAAAACUGCUAGCAGACAAGCUAACAAGAGAGGAAGUGCCAAGAAGGGUAAAGCACAAGAGCCAGAAGAAGAUGAAGAGGAUGAAAGUGAAGAAGAGGAGGAGGAGGAAGAAGAGGAGGAAGAAGAGGAGGAGGAAGAGAGUGAACAGGAGGAAGAACCACAACCCAAGAAAUCCAAAUUUGCAGCGCCUGCUCAGAGUCGUGGAAAGGGGGCAGUAGAAAAGAAAGCCCCCCCAACCAAACAAGUAAACAACACCGAGAAAAUAAGCAAUAGCACCGAAGAAGAAUUGAAACAAGAGGCAGUGAAAAAUGCUCAUAAAGAUAAAGGCAUGCUGGUGGAGGCGAAGGUGAAUGGAGAAUGGUUCACUGGCCGGGUGACGGCAGUAGAAACUGGGAAAGAGAGUGUGCGUUGGAAAGUGAAGUUUGAUUAUGUUCCCAUGAACACUCCACGAGACCGCUGGGUGUUUAAAGGCAGCGAUGAGGUCCGCCUCAUGCGUCCUGCUUCACCAGAAUCACGGAGUCCAGACACCAAUCAGGCUCCAGCACGAUCUGUGACUCCGCCCACAGCAGCUGAGCCUGACACAACCCAGAGUGGGCCGAGUAGGGAAACUACAGAGGGCCUUGUCACCAUGAUGAGGACGUUGCUGCGUUAUUUUUUCCCACCGGAUUUCCGAAUCCCAAAAGACUCCCUGAACACUAUGAGUGCUGAGGAUCUAGUAUCUUUUCCAAUUAAAGAGUAUUUUCAGCAAUACGAAGCAGGGCUGCAGAGUCUGUGUAACUCUUACCAGACUCGUGCGGAGUCUCGAGCUCGAGCUGUGGAAGAAAAGAGCAGCGGCGCUGAGACCAAACUCAAAGAGUCUGAAGAGAAACUCCGCAAACUCAGAACCAACAUUGUUGCUCUGCUUCAGAAAGUCCAGGAGGAUAUUGAGAUUAGCAGUGAUGACGAGUUGGAUGCCUAUAUAGAGGAUCUGGUCACUAAGGGCGAGUGAAACACUUCAGCUGUCUCAUCAGCUCUGCCCGUCCUGCCUUGUUCUUGGUUAAUCACGGUCAUGUUUUCUCUCCUUGUUUAUCCAUUACUUUUGAUUAUGUUCUGUCGGAGGCCACAUUAUUUCCUUUUCCUAUUUGCUGCAGUUGCAGGCAGUAUUUUCCUCACUGAAUGAUUUGUCACUUUUUAAAACAACGCUCCUUGCCCCAACUGGUUAACAGUAUGUGCAUUUUGAUUUUAUGGACCAAAGGCACUGAAGAGCCUGUUUUACAAGUUUUACAAAAAGUAGCCUUUUUUCCCCAUUUUUGUUUGGAUUUACAGUACUGCAUCUUUGAUUUGGGAGUUUGCCUGUAGGCUUGGUUUAAAGCCUGAAGUUCUGAAAAUAUCCACAGGGCAUCAGUAUGGGGCUUCGACAAAGACGACUCUAGCAACCAGUAUAACUGUAAGUGGCUUGGAGAAUGUCUUCUCUGAUUCCUGGUCGCUGCUAAUUAUUUUUUUGUAUCUACUUUCAGUGACUUACUGUUGCCUGUGUCUUUCAUAUAUAAGUGUGGGGUCCAGUAUGAUGGAUUUUCUUCUUUUUGAAUAAAUCUAAUACUGUUUA